AUGGCACCAAAGAAAAACUACACGCCUCAUCAAAUGUGCCUUGCAAUGGAAGCUGUUAGAAAAGGGGACAGUUAUUCAGCUGCAGCUGAGAAAUAUGGUGUACCAAGAAUGACCUUAAGGAAUAAAAACGAAAAAGAAAACCUUACAGUUCUUUUGACAGCCAAUGCAGCAGAACAGUUAGCACCACCAAUGAUAGUGUUCUCUUACGAACGCAUUCCCCGAGCUAUUGCCCGAAGUAUUCCUGAAAAUUGGGGCAUUGGCCGUUCAGAAAACGGCUGGAAGUGCGGGAGUACAUUCUACGAAUAUGUAACCAAUACAUUAUAUCCCUGGUUGGUUCAAAACAUUACUGUUUCUGAAAGCAAUACAAAAGCUGUUACUAAUAAAAAAGAUGAUAGACCGGGUGUUGAGCAAAAUACAACCCGAAUGAUAACUGUUUCUGAACAAACGACUUCUUCUGAAAUCGUGCCUCUAAUAUGUCCCUUGGAAUGCCACGAUGAUAAUUCUACGACAUCUGCAAGGUCUUCUGCAGAAACACUUCAAAAUAAAGAUGUUUUCGGGCCUACUAACAAUAUAGAUCAAAACGAGUUAAUACCAUCUUCAUCUACUGCAAGUUUUGCUCAUGACAUGCUUAAUAAAGGAAUUCUGGAGCCAUCACCGUUUAAGAAGGCUCUAUUUUGGCCAGAACCGACACAAAAGAAACGUAAAAUAUCCAAAGAAAAAAUACCAUCAGCUAUUAGAAGUAAGUCAUGGAGAGAAUUUUACGCAAAAAAAGAUGCAGAAAGAAAAGAAAAGGAAGAUAUCAAAGCAAAAAGAAAACAACUACGUAAAGAGAAGAAAGAGUUAAAGGAAAAAGCCAUAAUUGAAAAACAAAAGAAUACGAGUAGACGUAAAGAAAACAUGAAGAAACGCAGACAUGUCUCUAUCACUUCCAGUGAAUCGGAUGUUGUAAGUGGUGUGACAUAUGCGGAGACAGGAGGAAGUGAAAUGUGA